AUGUAUGUAAUUUCAGAAGUUCCUUUACAAAUAUGCGAUAAAGAUCAAAUAUGGGUAGAUACGUCUGAUGUUUUUUCAACUACUCAAAAAUUUAAUACACGAGAAGAGGUGAUAAGAUGGAUUAAAGAGAUCGGAAUCCGAAAUAAAGUUACGGUUAUCAUCACUCGUUCAGAUAUUAAAACAGGUAAGAGAGGAAGAAGUAACAAAUUAAUAUUUGGAUGUGAUAAAGGAGGAAAACACAGAGAUAUUGUUAGUGGAACUCUGAGUGCGACGAAAAAAUGUGAAUGUCCAUUUAGAAUCAGAUCAAUUCCAGCGGCUGAUGGAUCUGGAUGGAAAAUUGAUGUAAAAUGUGGAGUUCAUAACCAUGAUUUACCUGAUAGAUUAGAAGGUCACGCAUUUGUCGGUAGGUUGACAGCGGAUCAGAAGCAACAUGUUAUUGAUUUGACAAAGAGAAAGGUUCCACCUAGACAUAUACUGCUUUCAUUGCAAGAGCAAGAUCCAGAUAAUGUCACUCGGAUCACGCAAAUAUACAAACAGAAGAGUACGAUAGUAAAAAAUAUAAGAGGUUCUAGAAGUGAGAUACAACAUUUGUUUAAGCUUAUUGAGGAAGCAGGUUAUGUUUAUUGGAGUAGAAAAAGAGAUGACUCUGAAGUUAUUAGAGAUAUCUUUUGGGCUCAUCCAGAUUCAGUUAAGUUGUUGAAUAUUUUUCCUACUGUGCUAGUUAUGGACAGCACUUACAAGACAAACAAAUAUAGGCAACCUCUAUUUGAAAUUGUUGGAAUGACAUCAACCGAGUUGACUUUUGCUGUCGCAUUUGCCUAUAUUGAGUCUGAGCAAACUGAGAAUUUUUGUUGGGUGCUAGAUAAGCUUAAACAAUUGUUUGUGAAAAAAGAGUUGUGUCCACAAGUGAUUUUGACAGAUAGAGAUCUUGCUUUGAUGAAAGCCAUUGAAAUUGUGUUUCCAAGGUCGAUCAAUAUGCUAUGUCGAUAUCAUAUUAACAAGAAUGUUGGUGCAAAACGGAAACAAUAUGUGGCUAGUGACAUGCAAAAGAAAAUUGACGAAUUAUGGACGGAGGUUGUAUGGGCUAGUGAUGAGGUUGAGUAUGAUCAAACGUUGAAACAACUUGAGCAGGCGUGCGUUGAUUGUAAUGAAUUUAUUGAUUAUGUGAAGGACACAUGGUUGACACCACAUAGACAAAGAUUUGUUGAAGCAUGGAUUAAUCGAUUGCUACAUUUUGGUAACACCACGACUAAUCGGGUCGAGUCUGCUCAUUGGAAGUUAAAGCAAAUGGUUAACUCUGCCAGAUAUGGGUUACGUGAUAACGAAUCGUUAUAA